CGCAAUCGCCUCGUGUGCUCCCCUUGGCUACCCAAUGACUACAUAUCGUUGAUCCUCCUCGGUAAAACGUACGAAAAUAUUUGAUUGGUGACACGCUGGCGUGUACAUGAUUCCAUAAUGGAUUGUCCCGCAGAUGAUCUCCUUCGAUGGCGCCAUUUUAACCAACGAAACGAUAUAUAAGAGGAAGCAGAGGACGACUCCGAAAAGAAGACCAUCAAAGCAAGAGAUCGAAUAAUCGAAGAGAGAGUAAAGCGAAAUGGCAGCAUUGGGUGGUGUUCGUGAGGUUGAAGGAAACCAGAACAGCCUUGAGAUCGACAAUCUUGCUCGCUUCGCCGUCGACGAACACAACAAAAAAGAGAAUGCACUUCUGGAGUUUGGGCGGGUUAUAAACACAAAAAAGCAGGUGGUUGCUGGUACCUUGUACCACAUCACGCUGGAGGCAACGGACGGUGGGAAGAAAAAAGUUUAUGAAGCCAAGGUUUUGGAGAAGCCAUGGUUGAACUCGAAGGAGGUGCAGGAUUUUAAGCUCGUGGGUGAUGCCCCUUCGGUGUCUAGCACUUAGCAAGGUGGGGUGUGGCUUGAACGCAGAGCGGAGAUAUCAAGAUAUGAAAUAUAUUAACCAUCUAUGGUUAAAAUAAAUGUAACUUAAUUGAUACUCAAAUCUUCCACUUUACAUUUUGAUAUGCAUCACUGGUCCCCCUGUUCUCAUGGUAACCAUUAUGUGUUUGGUGCAUCACUAUUCAUAUGUAAACAAAAUAUAUAAACCAUUGAGGCUCCGUUCCGUUUCUACGCGAAACAUAUGAAAUAUCAGAAACAUUUUAAGACGA